GAGUCUGGCGGUGAUCUGGCCCCGAGGAGCGUGCGGCGGCUCCCGCAGAGAACGCUGAUUUCCGCGCAGCACGGACCGCCGAGGGAGGGCGCGAGGGGUAACCGGAAGGAAGAGGAGGCGGCGGCCCCAGCCUUCCAAGGCGAGACCCCGGCCUUGGCCGCGGCGGGAGGGCCACGCCCCCGCCGCCGCGCCCUAAGGGCCCAGUGUCUUCGGGGCUGCCGGCCACAUCGGAUCCCAGCUCUCGGGGCCGAGGGACGCGGUUACUUUCUGAAGAUCCACAGAACAUAGGAUGUUGCCACGAAAUCUACCUCGUGUGUUACUGGUUUUCACUCAUGAGCUGUACAUCAACUGCAAAUUGGAGCAAGAUGUCUGCAGACCGUGUUGAAAAACUCUGAAGAACCUAAUUAACACAGGAUGACCUAGGAGUGAUAUUAAGUCUAUUACAAGAUACUAUUCAUUCGUGAAGGUGUCAGUCUUGGUUCUGAAUGCUGCAGACAACAGCAAGCGGAGUUUCUUCUUUCUUUAUUGCUUGAAACAUUCACUUGACCUUCCAUCAGUAAGACUGACUUUUCUAAUCUGCUUCGGGACAUAUUAAUGGAAUACAGUCAUGUCCACUCAAGACGAGAGGCAGAUCAAUACUGAAUAUGCUGUGUCCUUGUUGGAACAGUUAAAACUGUUUUAUGAACAGCAGUUGUUUACUGACAUAGUAUUAAUUGUUGAGGGCACUGAGUUCCCUUGUCAUAAGAUGGUUCUUGCAACAUGUAGCUCUUAUUUUAGGGCCAUGUUCAUGAGUGGACUGAGUGAAAGCAAACAGACACACGUACACCUGAGGAAUGUGGACGCGGCCACCUUACAGAUAAUAAUCACCUACGCGUACACGGGUAACUUGGCACUAAGCGACGGCACCGUGGAGCAACUUUAUGAGACAGCUUGCUUCCUGCAGGUAGAAGAUGUGUUACAACGUUGUCGAGAAUAUUUAAUUAAAAAAAUAAAUGCAGAGAACUGUGUGCGACUGUUGAGUUUUGCUGAUCUUUUCAGUUGUGAGGAAUUGAAACAAAGUGCUAAAAGAAUGGUGGAGCACAAGUUCACUGCCGUGUAUCGCCAGGAAGCUUUCAUGCAGCUGUCACACGACCUCCUGAUAGACAUUCUCAGCAGUGACAACUUAAACGUAGAAAAGGAGGAGACAGUUCGCGAAGCUGCUAUGCUGUGGCUAGAGUACAACACAGAAUCACGAUCCCAGUAUUUGUCUUCAGUUCUUAGCCAAAUCAGAAUUGAUGCACUUUCGGAAGUAACGCAGAGAGCUUGGUUUCAAGGUCUGCCCCCCAAUGAUAAGUCGGUCGUGGUUCAGGGUCUGUACAAAUCCAUGCCCAAGUUUUUCAAACCAAGACUUGGGAUGACUAAAGAGGAGAUGAUGAUUUUUAUUGAAGCAUCUUCAGAAAAUUCUUGUAGUCUUUACUCUUCUGUCUGUUACAGUCCCCAAGCAGAAAAAGUUUACAAGCUCUGCAGCCCACCAGCUGAUUUGCAUAAAGUUGGGACCGUUGUAACUCCUGAUAACGACAUCUAUAUCGCAGGUGGUCAGAUUCCUUUGAAAAACACAAAAACAAAUCACAGUAAGACAAGCAAACUUCAGACUGCCUUCAGGACUGUGAAUUGCUUUUAUUGGUUUGAUGCACAGCAAAAUACCUGGUUCCCAAAGACCCCGAUGCUUUUUGUCCGCGUGAAACCAUCCCUGGUUUGCUGUGAAGGCUAUAUCUAUGCAAUUGGAGGAGACAGCGUGGGUGGAGAGCUUAAUCGGAGGACCGUAGAGAGAUACGACACUGAGAAGGAUGAGUGGACCAUGGUGAGCCCGCUGCCCUGCGCCUGGCAGUGGAGCGCGGCAGUGGUAGUCCAUGACUGCAUUUACGUGAUGACGCUGAACCUCAUGUACUGUUACUUCCCAAGGUCUGAUUCCUGGGUAGAAAUGGCCAUGAGACAGACUAGUAGGUCUUUUGCGUCAGCUGCAGCCUUUGGUGAUAAAAUUUUCUAUAUUGGAGGGUUACACAUUGCUACCAAUUCCGGCAUAAGACUCCCCUCCGGCACUGUAGAUGGGUCUUCAGUAACUGUGGAAAUUUAUGAUGUGAAUAAAAAUGAGUGGAAAAUGGCAGCUAACAUUCCUGCUAAGAGGUACUCAGACCCCUGUGUUCGGGCUGUUGUGAUCUCCAAUUCUCUGUGUGUGUUUAUGCGAGAAACUCACUUAAAUGAAAGAGCUAAAUAUGUCACUUACCAAUAUGAUCUGGAACUCGACCGGUGGUCCCUGCGUCAGCACAUAUCUGAACGUGUACUGUGGGACCUAGGGAGAGACUUCCGAUGCACUGUGGGGAAGCUCUAUCCGUCCUGCCUUGAAGAAUCUCCGUGGAAACCGCCAACCUAUCUCUUUUCACCAGAUGGGACAGAGGAGUUUGAACUGGACGGAGAAAUGGUUGCACUUCCGCCUGUAUAGUUGGGAGAUCAGAAGUGGACGUCGGAUGUCUGUGCUUUGUCAUUUUCUUUGCUAAACAAGAGAGGCUAUGAAAGGACUACAAAGGAGUACAUAAAAAUCUAUCUUUGAUAAAUUUUAUUUUUAUGCCCUACUUAAUAUUUGCAUCAGUAUAAUAUAUAUCAGUGAGUCUUGCAGAAAGAUAUGCUUCCAUAAUAUGAAAUAGAUUAUCCACUAAUUGAGAAACUUUUAUGUGUAUCAUGAGAACAUAGAAUCUGGAUUAUCUAACAUUGUUAGCCCUGUGUAUGUACAGUUCAGAAAGUUCACUUAUUAAACUAGUUCCCUGUUCCUAGUGUGGUCUAUCACAAAGUGUGCUGAGGUUAUGUUAGUGUAUGUAUUCCAUUCCUGUGCUUCUGUUCUGAAGUCCUGGAAUACAGGUUUUUUGUUUUUUGUUUUUUGUGUUUUUUUUUUUUCCAGUGUAAUUAGUUCUGCUGCACUUAACACUAACGUCCGUGUUGGAAUAGGAGUGUCUAAAUCCUACACUAUAGCUGAGGAAGAUCUUCCAUUUACGGUAUUGCACAGGGAAAGCUAUGACUGCAGGCUCAGUCUAACUAUACUAUUAGGUGCAUGUAUUCUCUCUUCACUAACUUAUACUUGUCUCUAGAAUACAGGUCUUCCAGUCAGCUGGUCAUUUACCAGAUACGGACUUAAGUUGCUGGGCUGGCACUAGAAAUUGCUGGUCCCUCCUUGUGCGGGUCUGGGUGGAGCUUUCGUCAGCGAAGGCCUCCACUCUCUGUAUUACAUUAACAUUGGCUCAUGCAUACAACUACCUGCUGCUGUUGUACUUCUCCAUCUUAACGAUUUCGAGUGGGUCAACCAGGUCAUCACAUCUUAAUUUAAUAACAAGCAUUACUGUAGAGUGAUUGUGUAUAGAUCUCCGUUAGCCGUCAGGGUGUGCUUUUUUUAACCUGUUGUGUGUGUAUGCGUGGGGUAGGGUUAGACAGGUGAACUGUUCAGGAAUCCUCUGCACUGGCCGUGCGGAAGAGCAGGUGACGAGUGCUGCUCCGGCACUCAUCCCAGGAACCACUAGCAGUAGCGGGCGCUGCCGACCUAACAUGAGCACAGGUGCUUCACGACAGACAUUACUAGCAUGUUCAACUGCAUCAUGUUCU